UGCAACUAGUCAGGACACAACCUCAACAAAAUUCAAACAUUGUCAAAUCUGGAGAAAAUUUGGUAUUUUCACCUGUUUAUAAACAAUUUUGGCACAAUAUAGCAUUACUAACGUCUUCCGCUUGAUUUUUACCACCUAUUCCAUAUAAACUUUUACAGUGACAUCUUUAAAAUCAAAUCGUAUGUACUAUGUAGGUGUACCAAACAGCUGGCCGAAUUUCUUUUAAAAACAGGCCUCUAAGUGCCUUAUUUAACAGUUUAACCCUAAUAUUAACGCUUUUACACUAAAACUGACUAGACAAUACCAACAAUGUCUACAGGUAGAGACCUGGCAGGCAUUCUGAGAGCUUUACAGCUGAUUCUCGAGGCUCAGGCAACCCUUCAGAAAGAAUAUUUAAAUCAGAUAUGCAGGACAUCCAGUAUUCGCCCCACUAUACAGCAAUGCCUUAAGAACGGUCUUAGAGUGCCUGAUAAAGUAAAUAUAAGUCAAGUUGCUAACUCUGUUAAGGAUGGUGCUGAGAGGUUAAAUAUUGUUGCACAGGGGCUUAAGGUUUAUGCUGAUGUUUCAUUAGGGAAUGGUCUAAAAGUAAUAAAUACUGAACAAGUGUUGGCUCAAAGUUUUGCUGUUAAACCUAAUAUUGCUAAGGAGCCUAUAACUGUACCACAAAAACCCAAAACUGCUUCUGUUCCUGCCGUAGAAUAUCAAAUAACCCUUACAGAAAGUGACAAAGAACUUUUAAAGAAGUUAGACAUGGAGCAUAGAGCAAAGUUAGUUAAACAAGUAGAUUUCGAGAAGGAUCGGGCUGAGAGUGUCAUGGUAAAGAAGGACCAGGAGAAAACGGUUGGGGAAACUAUAUUAGAAAGUGAGGCUAAGCUUACGGCAGUGCCUAAUCCUAAAGCUAAAUUGAAGCUUAAUGAACAUGCAAAACAGAGAAAAGUGCCCUCAAGUAGACUGGGUCGUAUGAUGUCUUUUGGAUCCUUGGCCGCAGGGCUGGGAGUUGGUGCAGCGGCUGAAUACCUAAAACAGGCCUUUAAAGUUGGCGAUGUUAGUUCCGAUGGCACUAACUUGUUCAUGAACAAGGCAAACAUGGAAAGAAUUGUCGAUACCCUCUGUAAAGUGAGGGGCGCAGCCUUAAAAUUAGGCCAAAUAUUAAGCAUACAGGACGAAUCGAUUGUGAAUCCCGAGCUGGCAAAGGCUCUGGAAAGAGUGAGGAAAUCGGCUGAUUUUAUGCCCGAUUGGCAAGUUGAACAGGUGAUGUGUACAGAAUUAGGAGUAUCUUGGUUAGAUAACUUUCAAGAAUUCGAAAGAAGACCCUUUGCAGCUGCCUCCAUUGGUCAAGUGCAUUAUGGCAAAUUAAAAAAUGGACUAGAAGUGGCCAUUAAAAUUCAAUAUCCAGGUGUCGCCAGAGGCAUUGAAAGCGAUAUAGAUAACUUAGGCGGUAUAAUGAAAAUGUGGAAUAUAUUUCCUAAAGGGAUGUUUUUGGAUAAUUUAAUGGUCGUGGCGAAGCGCGAACUCGCGUGGGAAGUUGACUACUUGAGGGAGGCCGAAUGCACCAAGAAAUUUAAAGUGAUUUUGGAUGGUUAUGAGGGGUUUUAUGUGCCUGAUGUAGUUGAUAGCUUAACAACGAAACAAGUUUUUACAACGGAACUUCUGGAUGGUUUGCCGGUGGAUCAGUGUUUCGACAUGGAUUACGAACAUCGGAAAAUUAUCGGGGAGAAAGUGAUGGAUUUGUGCCUUUUUGAAAUCCUUAGGUUUAGGUAUAUGCAGACGGACCCGAACUGGGCCAACUUUUUGUACAACCCCAAGAGCAAAAAGUUACUCCUGCUAGACUUCGGAGCCAGCAGGGAAUAUUCGAAAGAAUUCAUGGACCGUUACGUGCAAGUACUAAAAGGCGCCUGUGACGGAGAUAGAAACAUCGUCCUGAACGUCUCCAAGGAGCUGGGAUUCCUCACUGGCUACGAGAGCAAAAUAAUGGAAGAUGCCCACGUGGACGCAGUAAUGAUCCUAGGCGAGAUCUUCAGAGCUGAAGGCCAGUACGACUUCGCCAACCAGGACAUGACGUACCGCAUCCAGAAUUUGGCGCAAACGAUGCUGGUGCACCGCCUCUGCCCUCCGCCGGAGGAAGUUUACUCUUUGCACCGGAAACUCUCCGGAGUGUUUUUACUGUUGAGUAAACUGAAAGUUAAGAUUGAGUGCAGACAGAAAUUUUUGAAGUUAUAUGACGAGUAUGUGAGAGGCACAAAUAGCACUAUUAACAGAAGUUGAGAAUAAAAUAUGACUUUAUAGGAACGUUGCAUAAUUAUUUCGGUAUAGGAUGGUGAAUGGAUUUUAAUUAUUUAGAAAGACAUAUGUCCUUCAUAAUAGCAGGUUAUUUUGUACGUCGAUGUCUUUAUACUUUAUAGAAAUAACUUUAUUAGAAAUAUAUGCUUAUUAGCUAAUAAUGAUAGAUUAAAUUUUUGAAAAAUU